CAGUGUUUCGGUAGAAUGGAACGUUGGGUAGGAAAAGUGGCUGUUGUCACUGGGGCUAAUGCCGGAAUAGGAGCUGCAAUAGUCGCAGCACUGGUCAGCGAGGGUUUAGUUGUUGCAGGAUUUGAUAGAAGAAUCGAAAGAAUCGAAGAACUCGCGAAAAAAUUAGAAGCACCUAAAGCUAAGGGGAAGCUUCAUGCAGUCAAAGUGGACAUGACGAAAGAAAACGAAAUAAUCGAUGGGUUCAACUGGGUUAAAAAAAAUCUGGGGUCAAUACACGUCCUUGUAAAUAAUGCAGGAGUUGGAAGAUACGGCGAAUUGAUUGAUAGCGAUACACAGAUGUGGAAGGACAUAUUUGACACGAACGUGAUAGGAUUGAGUAUAGCAACAAGGGAAGCUGUUAAAGACAUGAGAGCUAACAAUGUAGACGGUCAUAUCAUUCACAUUAACAGUAUUGUGGGUCAUCAGGUGUUAAACUUUCCUAGCGCUAACGCUUAUCCUGCCAGCAAGUUUGCUGUAACAGCCUUAAGUGAAACAUUGAGGCAUGAGUUUAUCCAAAACAAAUUAAAAAUUAAAAUAACAAGUCUGAGUCCAGGAUACGUGAAAACUGAGUUUGCUGAAGCAGGAGGUUUAGUAAUCGAGCCUGAUUCGCCCUUCUUAAAGGCGGAAGGUUUAAAUGCUGAAGAUAUAGCAAAUAGCGUUUUGUACGUCCUAGGUACCCCUCCUCACGUACAAAUUCAAGAAUUGACAAUUCGUCCGGUUGGUGACCAAUAUUAGUUAGUUUCGUCCUUGACGUUCAGCUGGUAACAACUUUCAAUGGUCAACAUGCUUUUAUUGUACAUUAUUAGUUGUAAAUAAGGAAAUAAUCAAAAAUUAAAAACUCGCAUUUUA